AUGCCUUCUUCUUACCCAUCACAGAAUGGACGGUCAAAAUAUGACCAAUUCUUCAUCUUUGGGGAUUCCAUCACCCAAUUCUCGUACGAUCAGCACUUGGGCUUUGGUUUCGGGGCUGCCCUAACAAGUGACUAUGCUAGACGCCUCGAUAUAGUCCAUCGAGGAUUUAGCGGUUAUACAACCGCAAAUGCCAAAGUUCUAUUCCCCAAGAUCUUUCCUACAUUACAGGAAGGCCGAGUCCGCUUAAUGACAAUCUUCUUCGGCGCAAAUGAUGCCGUCUUGCCACCACAUGCACAACAAGUGCCACUUGAACAAUACAAGGAAAACCUCAAAUUCCUCAUAGAACACCCAUCAGUCAAGGAACACGGCACCAAAAUCAUUAUUCUGACCCCUCCCCCGAUCAAUGAGUACCAAUUGCAGUUCUUUGAUGCAGAAAAGGGCUUUGACACCCCCAGUCGAACAGCUGCCAACACCAAGCUGUACGCUGAUGCGUGUCGUGACGUUGCCCAGUCGCUUGGUGUACCCGUGGCUGAUAUUUGGAUGGCGAUUAUGAAAUCAACUGGGUGGGAGAUUGGGCAGCCGCUGACUGGUAGCAAGGAUGUCCCUGCAAAUGAUCAGCUGGCGAGUAUGUUGACUGAUGGUCUACAUUUCACUGGCAAUGGUUAUAAACUCAUGUACGAUGAAGUCAUGAAGACUAUACGGGCGACCUGGCCAGAGGAAGCUCCAGAGAAUCUGCCCGAAGUCUUUCCACCUUGGGAUAUUGCUCCUAAAUGA